AAAAGUUCGUGACGUAAUAACAGCGACAAACACUAAAGUCGUUGCACGCUUCGAUUCUUUCCUGUGCAAUCUGGUGACAGUAGCCUACAGACGAUAAUUAGAUUGGCGAUGUCACCUGAUGGGACUGGGUCUCGUUUUGUCAGUCAGAAGUGCAAGUGGCAUUAAAUAGAAGCACGUCACCAAAAGACAGAGGGGAGAAAGAAAAAACUAUUAUUUCCUGUAACAUCUAGAUGAAUCUGACCAAGGAGACAUGGCCGGCUGACAUGAAUCCCAUGGAGAACAUGACAGUAAUUAUUAAGGAGGAGGAGGAUAUUGAAUGGGAUGCUAUCCAGCUUGAAGAGGAGAGUCUCAGCAUUAAAGACGAGGAUUAUGAAGUGGAAUCGGUGAUCAUCAAAGAGGAGCCUGAGGAGAUGCCUUUCAGCAUUGACAUGGAGAAGCAUGAGGUGAUAUACAGUGUGAAUGAAGGUGACCUUCAUUCAGAGUCUGUCAGAGUUGAGUUGCCAGCCCAAGCAUUCAACAAACGCCUAAGGGCCCGAUCAAAGGAAAUUCCCGUAGAGAUCAGAAAACAAGUUGUUGCUACCUAUCAGUCUGGAAAGGGCUACAAAGCCACCUCUAAGGCUCUGGGACUACACCGAACCACGGUGAGAGCCAUAAUCUCCAAAUGGAAAAAACUUGGAACAGUAGUAAAUCUUCCCAGGAGUGGCCGGCCUUCCAAAAUCAGCACGAGUGUACAGCAUAAAUUCAUCCAGGAAGUCACAAAUUCCAAGGAAUUGCAGCCUUCUCUUGCCUCUGCAAAGGACAAUGUUCAUGAUUCCAUAAUCAAUAACAGACAGGACAAAAGUGGGCUACAUUAGAAAGUACUAGGCAGAAACUACUGCUGACCAACAGGAACAUACUCUAAGUGCUUGUGUCUCUUUCGCCAGGAAGGACCUGGGUGAUCCCUAAGCCUCUUGGAGGAAUAUUCCAUGGACAGAUGAGACAAAAGUGUGUCUCAUUGCAUGCGGCUUAAACUAAUACAACUUAACAGCGUUAUAUGUAUAGUAAGAACAUCAUGACUACAAUAAAACAUGGGAAUGGUAGUGUAAUGGUAUGGGGAUGCUUUUCUGUCUCUGGACUCACCAUAUAAUUGAAGGAACCAUGAAGGCUGAUCUGCAUGCAGGAGAAAUUCUUAAGGGGAGUGUCUGUUCAUUUGUCCAUGAGCUGAAGCAGAUUAAGGUGAUGCAGUAAGACGAUGAUCCUGUACAAAAAAGCAAAUCCACACCAGACAGACCAAAAAGAGGAGAAAAAACAAAACUUUUGGAUGGGCCAAGUGAAAGCGCAGAACUGUCUGUAAUAGACGUGCUGUGGCAGGACCAGAAAAUAGCUUCUUAUGAUUAAAGGCCUACCUGUGUUUUUGAAUGAAAAGAAAGGAAGAGAAGGCUAAAGUUCCUCCAUAGCGAUGUGAAAGUCUGACAAAGUCCUUGUAACUGAAGGCAGCACAGCCAGCUUAGUGUAAAGGGGCAAUUACUUUUUCACAGCCCAGCUGCUGGUGUUGCAUGCCUUUAUUCUUUCAAUAAAUGACAUAAGGUGUUAACAGAAA